UUUUGGAAAGACCAUUGCUCAACAUUUUGACUCGCUGGGCCUUCAAGUUUUUGCGACAGUACUGAAUAAGGAUGGACCAGGAGCAAGAGAACUACUUCAGUGCUGCUCAGAGCAGCUGACCUUAAUCCAGAUGGAUCUCACUAAACCUGAAGAUAUUGACAAAGCCUUGCAGAUCACAAAGGACAAGCUUGGUGAAAAAGGUCUAUGGGGUUUAGUCAACAAUGCUGGCAAGUGCAUCAAUAUUAGUGAUACUGAGCUCUCGGCUAUGGACAAUUACAGAGACUGUAUGCAAAUCAACUUCUUUGGUGCCGUGGCUAUCACACAGGGCUUCCUUCCAUUGAUACGCAAAACAAAGGGAAGAAUUGUGAAUGUUUCCAGUCCAGUGGGGGAUUUUCCUUUACCGUAUUUAUCAUCUUAUGCUGCUUCAAAAGCUGCACUCUCCUUGUUCACAAGUAUCUUGCGCCUGGAGUUGAGUAAUUGGGGAGUGAAAGUCUGCACCAUACUUCCUGGAUUCUAUAAAACGGGGGUGGGCGUUAUUCCAGAGAAUGGGCAGAGCCUGCCAUAGCUGGGACUUUGAACCUGGG